AUGGCAGCCAAGGCUUAUAGCCCCUCUGAAGGGGGUUUUCUGCCUUCAUCAGUAGGUUUAGUCCUUGUUCACUUGAAUGACUCUGAUAAGCUAAGUAGAUCCUACCCCUGGGCCAGCAAGAGCAGGAAAAGUCAGCUCUCUGAACUCUGCCGGCUUGGAGCAUCUCUGUCAGGGAAGAAAUGGAGCUCUUACUGUUUGUCUUCACUGGCAGCUCGUAACAUUUGUGCCAGCAAAAUUGGUAACUCGUGGACUCAGUGGGAUUCUGCCUCUCUCUCCACUUCCAUCAGAAGUUCUGCUUCUUGUUCCUUUUUGCAUGCCCUUGCUGCAGAGGAAUCCAGCCAGUGCCUCCCAACUGCUGCACGCAAUCCAAACAAAGCCAUCUUCACCGUGGAUGUCAACACAACAGAGAUCCUAGUGGCUAAUGACAAAGCCUGCAAGCUGCUUGGGUGCAGUAGUCAGGAACUCAUUGGUCAAAAGCUGUCCCGCUUGAUAUCCAAAUCCAGUCAAGAUGUAUGGGAAGCUGUGGGUGAGGACUACAUAGAAACUGAUGAAUGUUCAUCGCUGGUUUCAGGAACUGUGGUGGAUGUUAGAGGCCAUCUGAAAGAGAAGAUUCCUGUCUCGGUCUGGCUGAGGCGAAUAAGAAGCAAGGACAACCAGUGUUGUGUGGUUGUGCUCGAACCAGUGGAAAGACUUUCAGCUUCUGUUUCCUUCAGGGUUGACGGAGAGAUUACAUCAUGUGACCUCCUUUUUGCCCAUCUCCAUGGCUACCCAACAUUGGAAGAAGUAGUUGGGCUCCACAUAAAGGACCUGAUUCCUUCUGUGCAGAUCCCUCCUCUAGGCAAAAAAAUCCCAAAGAACCUUAGGAUCCAGCAAGCUGUAGGCCAGUCCAGAGAGGGUAACAUGUUUCCUCUCAGUUUAAAGCUGCAAAUAAGCCUUCUGGAGGAGGACCAAGCAGCAGUGCAGAAAGAUGGUGUUCCGCAGACAGAAAAAGAAGGCUCUUUCACAUGCUAUCAUUAUUCUGCUACAGUCGUGGUUUUCUCCACCAUCAGUGGUCUUAUUACUGUCCAGUCAGAUGGAACCAUCUGUGGCAUCAAGGAUAGUUUCGCUUUAAUGCUCUUUGGCUAUGAGAAGAAAGAACUGUUGGGAAAGAACAUUACGUUCCUGAUCCCUGGUUUCUAUAACAACAUGGAGACAAGCAGUGACUGUGCUUUGCCAUUACCUCCUCUUGAUGACUCCACAGGGACAGAGAACAGCAGCUUUGUGGCUGCAUCUUUAGCAAGCCUUCUGUCAAGAGAUGAAGAGCAGAAAUUGGAAAGAAGACAUGAAGAUGACAAAUUAAUACAUGAUGAGACUAAACAAAAGAAUGGGACCAGUUUAUUUUCUACUCCCUCACCUCCUGAAGUGGCAUCCACACUCUCUAAUAGGCUAGAAGACAAUCUAGAUACUGCAUCCUAUGGCCCAAUUAAGCUGCCUUCUGAUGUUACCUGUAACUCACCUGGAACACCAACAAUAGAUGAGCCAUGGCAUUUAGAAAACUCUGAAGAAUCCUCCAAGGCAUUUCUUGAGAAGCCUGAACCUUUUGCAGAGACUGUGGGGAACAACGUCAACAGAAACCCACUGAAAAGCAAAGGUAGUCCUGAAGAAGACUGUCUGUUGCAUGGGCAGAAAAAUAUGGAGAUAAAAGUAACAUCAACCCCGGUGAAACAAGAAGGAAGGUUGAAUCCAGCAGCUCCUUUGACCUUGGAAAUUCUGGAAGGCAGCUACACUGGGAAUUGCUGUCACAGAGAUGGUUCACAAUUAAGUAUACUCUUUGAAGUGAAACGUGUAGAACUGCAGGACCCUGCCAUACUUUUCUGUGUCUGGGUGGUGAAAGACCUUCUACAGAGCCAGAAGGAAGCUGUAGCAAAGACUCAGCUUUUGGUCUCCAGUCUAGCUAGCUCUGUCCAGUCUAUUGCAGAUCUUUCUACACAUAGUCUUGGAGAACUGCCUCCUGAGAUGCUGCAUUCCGGGUGGUGUACAGAAACUGAAGAGCUUGAAGUAUUAAGGGCAUGUGAGGGAGAAUACGCAAAAAAUUACAACACUUUCAGUCUUAUUGGCAAAGGAUCUUUUGGCUUUGUCUGGACUGCCAGGGGCAAGAAAGAUCACCAGGAGGUUGUCGUAAAGUUCAUCUGGAAGGAGAAGGUGCUUGAGGACUGCUGGGUAGAUGAUCCUGAUCUGGGGAGAGUUACUCAAGAAAUUGCAAUCCUGUUGAAGCUGGAGCACCCCAAUAUCAUUAAGGUGCUAGAUGUAUUUGAAAAUGAACACUUCUUCCAGCUGGUGAUGGAGAAGCAUGGAUCUGGUCUGGAUCUCUUUGCAUUCAUUGAUAAUAAGCCCAACUUGGAUGAGCCAUUAGUGAGCUAUAUAUUCAGACAGCUUGUGUCAGCUGUUGGGUAUCUCCACUGUAGAAACAUCCUUCACAGAGAUAUAAAGGAUGAAAACAUUGUCAUUGCUGAAGAUUUCACAAUUAAAUUAGUCGACUUUGGUUCAGCUGCCUACCUGGAACCCAACAAAUUGUUUUAUACCUUCUGUGGGACAAUUGAAUACUGCUCACCAGAAGUGCUCUCUGGCAAACCGUACCAUGGCCCUGAGCUGGAGAUGUGGUCACUUGGUGUCACCCUUUAUACCCUAGUAUUUGGAGAGAAUCCCUUCUGUGAGUUGGAGGAGGCCGUGGCAGCUGUCCUGAAUCCUCCUUGGCCUGUGUCAAAAGGUCUCAUGGAUCUCAUUACUGGGCUGUUGCAUUCAGUUCCAGAGCAGCGCAUGACUCUAGCGGUGUUAGUAGAGGAUUGUUGGCUGAAGCAGCCUGUAAACCUGGGUGAUUAUACCUGGGAGGAGGUAUACAUCUCUGUUGAGACAGGUGAGACGAUGUUCUGA